AUGUACCCGGCCUGGGGCUUGUACGGGGCGGCCGGGCACUACCCGCCGCCCCCCACCUCCAUCCCGCCCCCGCCGCUGCCCAUCCCUCCCCCCAGCGUGCCGCCUCCCGCCGUUCCACCGAUGCCGCUCCCCAGCUACCCGCCGCCGGGGCCCGCGCCCCCCGCCGCCGCGCCGCCGCCCGCCGGUUCCUCGGGGUUCCUGAGCCUGCAGGAGCAGCACCUGGCCCAGCUGCAGCAGCUCCAGCAGAUGCACCAGAAGCAGCUGCAGUCCGUACUCUUGGGUCCCCCGCCGCCGCCGGGCCCGCCCCCGCCGGGGCUGCCGCCGCCGCCGCUGCCCGGCUCCUUCACCGACUGGCAGCAGCAGCCGCCGGUGCCGCCGGUGCCGCCGCCGGUCCGCAGCUACCAGAAGCAGUACGGCCACCGUGAGCCGCCGCCGCGCAAGCCGCCCCCCGCGGCCCGGGACCGCGACGGGCAGGAGCCGCCGGGCGGGCACGGCGACUGGGGCGAGCCGGUGCCCGCCGAGCCGGUGCCCAUGGACAUGGAGCUGUCCUCGCCGCCGCAGUCCCCGCAGCCCGGCGCCCAGCCGUACCUGCCCCCCGCCCAGCCCUACCUGCCGCCGCCCCAGGGCGAGCCUUACCUGCCCCCCGCCCAGCCGCCCCCCGCGCAGUCCCCGCCGCUCCAGCCCUACCUGCCCCGGGCGCAGCCCUCCCAGCCGCCCCCCUCCUUCUCCGAGCCCCCGCCCUCCUACCUGGAGCCCCCGACGGCCACCGCCUCCCAGCCCUACCUGCCGCCUCCUGCCCAGGGCUACAUGGCACAUGCCCAGCCCUACCUGCUCUCCUCCCAGGCCUCUCCUUCCCAGCCCGCCCUGGCCCCCUCCGUCCCUCCCCCGGUGAAGCCAUCGCAGGCUCAUUUCCCCCCGCCCCAGACGUCCCUGCCCCCGCCCGCCGCUGCCCCGCCGGAGGCAGCGCCAGGUGCCGCCAAGGAGGGCGGCGGCGCGGAGCAGCCGGACCCCUCCACCAUGACUCCCCAGGAACAGCAGCAAUACUGGUACCAGCAGCACCUGCUUAGCCUGCAGCAAAGGGCAAAGGCCCAUGCUCAGGGACAGCAGCAGAUGAAAAGCCCCGUAGUGAAGGAUGAGCAGAGAGCAAAGUCUGAAGAAGAGAAAAUGAGUGCUUCAAAUCAGCAGUCUGAACCUCCUGCUCUUAAUGAAUCCCUGCCUCCAGCAUCCAAAGAAGAGGAGUCUUCUCUUACAUCCACUGAACCUCAGCUCAAUAUUGAACCUCCUGAUGACCCUGAGGAGGAUUUGAGAUUGCAGCAAUUGCAAGCAGCAGCAGCUCAAUGGCAGCAGCACCCCCAUCAGCGGGUUGGGUUCCAAUAUCAGAGAAUAAUGCAGAAGCACGCUCAGCUGCAGCAGAUAGUACAGCAGUAUCAACAGAUCAUGCAACAGCCUCCACACUUAGAGACAAUGUCAGUGGACAUGCAGCUGCGACAUUAUGAGGCACAGCAAAAACAGUUCCAGCAGCUUCAUAAAGAUUGGGAGCGAUCAAUGAACCAGCAGUGGCAGCAUCAGCUUCAAACCUACCCUCACAAAGACCAGCUUCAAGAGUAUGAGAAGCAGUGGAAAGCAUGGGAUGAACAGAUGAAGGUUACUCAGUCACAUCUGCAGGAAAAAGUGACCUCACUCCAAAAUCUGAAGAAUCAGUAUCCUGCAAAUGUGUCACUGCCACCUCCAUUUAUUCCAUAUUCCCAAACUGGUCAAGGUGGCAUUCCUGUUAUGCCUCCAACUUUACCUUCAACUACACCUCCACUGGCUCCCCCACCUCUCUCUUCUGUUUCUCAGUUAUCCAAUUCCUCUGUCCCUUCAGGAUCCGGUUCUCAAAGCAGUCAAGCUGCUGACGCACCAAGGCCAGCUCUCCUUCCCACCCCUGGUACCUAUGCAUCAAAAAUAGCUAGUUCAACUAGCUAUUCACCUUACCAUUCUCAAGUAGGUUCAUCCUUUGGCUCAUCUGACCAUGGAAAAUCUCAAGGUCAUCUUAGUAAACAAACUGUAAAUAUUUCAUCUGAACAGCAGUGUGGGGAACUGAAAGGCACUUCUGCAGUGUCUUCGACACACACGCCUGUUGUGCAGGAUAAACCGGUGAGGUCAGGUGGAUUGCUUCCAGAUCCUCCCAGAUCAGCACGUUUUGAAGGCCCUAGAGGCCCUAGAUUUGACGGGCCUCGAGGAAGAGGAUAUGACAAGUUUGAAGGCUCAAGGCAGAGAGGACCUCGUUUUGACUCCCAGCGCUCAGAAGGAUACAGGUCACGUUUUGACCGACAGAAUACAGAUGGACAGUCUUCAAGCAGAUGGGGCUCUAUCCCACGAGGACCAGCAGGACAAUUUUAUACAGCAAAUGCAUCACAUGGACACGGUUCCCGACCUAGUGGUCCACGGUGGAUGGGGCCCAGGCCUCACUUGGGACAGCAGCAGCAGACGCAGAUAGACUCACAGUCAGAAAGCAAAGAGCCUUUUACAGACACAGCUGGCGAUCAGCAGUCUGUGAGCAGAACUGAGUCUACUCCUGACGCACAGAGUGCAGGUCCCAUUGAGCCAAAUGAGGACCUGACAGACACUCAACAGGAAGCACCCAAACCUGAAGUCAAAGAACCUACUUCAGACCCUCCUAAAAAGUGGACAUGGAGUUCACAUGAUCCCAACCAGCAAGUAGAAGAGUCCAAGGCACCCACCCCACCUAUUCAGAACCAGAAUACAGUACCCUCUGCAGAAGGAAAUGAGGAUUUGGAUACACCAGAUAUCCAGUUGACUGCUCCAGAUAGCACCCAGGGCCUACCUGGACCAGAAGGCAGAGGAAAAGGGCCAUUCAUGCAUGAAGAUAGAGGAAAGGGACCAGGAAGCAGAGGAAGGGGCCGUGGCAGAGGGCAAGGGGAUGGCCGUGGCUGGGGAAUGAGCCGUGGCCGGGGAAUGGGAAGGAUGGAUGGUGGCCGGGGAAUGGGAAGGGUGGACGGUGGUUGGGGAAUGGGCAGGAUGGAUGAUGGCCAUGGCCGGGGAAUGGGCAGGAUGGAUGAUGGCCGUGGUAGAGGAUAUGUAUACAGAGGCAGAGGACAGGCUAGGCAGCCAUCCAUCCGUGGCAGGGGAGCAUUCAGGAGUGCAGACAACAGGGAGAGGAUGCCAGAUAGACGGUCAGGCAGCAGGGAGAGGAUGCCAGAUGGACAGUCAGGCAGCCGGGAGAGGGGGCCGGGUGGACGGUCAGAUAGCCAUGAGAGGGUAUUCUCUAACCGAGACAGAGAGCCACCUGGACGGACAGGCAGCUGGGACAGGGGCCGGGCAGGAAGCCGGGAGAGAGGCCCGGUGAGACGCGCCUCUAGCCGGGACAGAGAGCCCGUGCGGCGGGCAGGUAGCCGCGAGAGGGAGCCCAUGCGGCGGGCGGGUAGCCGCGAGAGGGUCCCCGUCAGGCGGGCAGGGAGCCGGGAGAGGGUCCCCAUCAGGCGGGCAGGGAGCCGGGAGAGGGACCUGGGCAGGCGGGCAGGUAGCCGGGAGAGGUGUCCCAUCAGAAGGGGAGAUAGCCAUGAGAGGGAAGCAGGAAGAUCUGAAACAGGCAGUAUGGGUAAACCCAUUCACCUAGGAGAUGACCCUGACAAAUUGCCUCCAUAUCAUCGAGAUGAAACAUUCAGGGGUUCUUGGGGUCAUGAAGAUGAUACAAUGCAGGAGGAAUUUCCUUUAGAUAGUCAAGAUGACCCAUCUUUGGAGCAUGAGCAGUUGGAUGAGUGGGAAAGAGAACAAUACUGGAGAGAUCACAACUCUGAUUAUCAGGAUGAUUCUGUACAUGUGUAUGACAGAGAUGACAGGUUGCAAUCCCACCAUUCACUGCCUCCAUUGUCUCCCCUACCACCACUACCUCCUUUAUCAUCUGAUCACGACAGACGAGAUUCGUGGUGGGAUGACUGGAAAAGGCCAAGAGAAAGGGAACUGGAGAGAGAUCUAGAUAGAAUUGGAAGAUCCUCAGAUAUUUAUGAUCAAGAUUUAGACAAAGAAUGGGAUAGAGACUGGGACAUGAGACAUAUGGAUGACAGAGAAAUGGGGAAUCGUGACCUGGAUAUCCCCCCUCUACCACCAUUACCACCCCUUCCACCUCUGGACAGGUAUCGUGAAGAUAGGUGGAGGGACGAUAGGAACAGAGAUCAUUAUGACAGAGAUCUCCGAGACAGGGGCGAGCUUAGGAUUCGAGAAUAUCCGGAGAGAUACGACACGUGGCGGGAGAAGCAGGACUACCUUCCUGAAAGGACUGACUGGGAGAGAGAACGCUUGUCAGAUAGGUGGUAUCCAGAUGAUGGAGAGAGACUGAGGUCUCUGGAUGACCACUCAGAUACAUCCCUUCCUCCCCCUUCACAUUCCUCUGAUAUGCUGGGAGCAGAUUCAAACCUGGACUCUGACCAGUCCUUGGGAGGAGUGAUGGUCCUAAGCCAAAGACAGCAUGAGAUAAUUCUGAAGGCUGCCCAGGAGCUCAAAAUGCUUCGGGAGCAAAAAGAACAGCUACAGAAGUUGAAGGAGUUCAAACCUGACAUUUCCACCCAAGAGUCUCCAAGAUCACAGAACACAAGCACAAGGCCAGGUGCCUUUCAGGAACGCUGGGAUGAGGACUCUUUCCACGGACUCUGGGACACAAAUGAAGAUAAAGGUGCCAACAUGGAGUACGAGCUGUGUAAGCAGGAGUCCAUGAUGCCUCCCCCUGUCUCCUCACCUGUGAAGGUACCUGCUGUCCAUACCUCCAUGCCACCAGCUGUACCAGUGUCCCUUUCUCCUGUUAUUCCAGCAGUUCCCAAAGCACCCAUCAUUCAGCAAACGGUGGAUUAUGGCCACGGGCGAGAUAUAACCACGAGUAAAGUGGAACAGAUUCCAUAUGGGGAGAGGGUAACCCUUCGUCCAGAACCUCUACCAGACAGGCAAACAUUUCAAAAAGAGCAUCCAGGUCGCUACAAUAGAGAAAGAGACCGUGAGCCUUAUUUUGAGCGUCAGGGUAAUUCCAGCACAGAUCACCGGGAUUUCAAGAGGGAGCGGGAAUUGCACAGAGACCGAGGCUCUGUGGACUACGAACGAGAGAGGUUUGACAAGGAGCGGCACCCCCGAGACGACAGGGUUCUUCCUACCACACCUUCAAGGACUCAGUCUUACCGUGACAAGAAAGACCAUCCAUCCUCCAGGCGAGGUGGUUUUGACAGACCACCAUAUGAACGAAAGACAGAUCGUCCAGCAUAUGAUCAUGGGCCUUCCAUGUUUGGAGAAAAUUCUUCUGUCCAAAUACUGGAAUUUGAAGGUGAUCGUAGAAAUUACCCUGAGGAAAGGAUUCCUAUUUCUGCUCCAUCAAUGCCUCGUCAGCCACCACCUGCUCCACGAGUAGAAAGGAAGCCAGAAUCUAAAAAUGUAGAUGAUAUCUUAAAGCCACCAGGACGGGAUAGCAGGCCAGAGAGGAUUGUGAUCAUCAUGAGAGGGUUACCUGGCAGUGGAAAGACACAUGUAGCAAAACUCAUCAGGGAUAAGGAAGUAGAAUGUGGAGGACCUGCACCAAGAGUGCUCAGCCUGGACGACUACUUUAUCACUGAAGUGGAGAAAGAGGAGAGAGACCCAGAUACAGGGAAAAAAGUUAAAAAGAAGGUGAUGGAGUACGAAUAUGAGGCUGAUAUGGAGGAGACCUAUCGUACCAGCAUGUUUAAAACUUUCAAAAAGACCUUGGACGAUGGCUUCUUUCCCUUCAUUAUCCUUGAUGCUAUCAAUGACAGAGUGCGACACUUUGAACAGUUUUGGAGUGCUGCAAAAACAAAGGGGUUUGAGGUGUACUUAGCUGAAAUGAGUGCAGAUAACCAGACGUGUUCCAAGAGGAAUAUUCAUGGGCGCAAGCUAAAGGAUAUCAGCAGGAUGUCUGAUCACUGGGAGGCAGCACCACGCCACAUGAUGCGCCUGGACAUUCGUUCUCUGCUGCAGGAUGCUGCUAUCGAAGAGGUGGAGAUGGAGGAUUUUGAUGCAAAUAUUGAAGACCAGAAAGAAGAAGCAAAGAAGGACACAGCAGAGGAGGAAGAAAGUGAACUGGGUUACAUUCCGAAAAGCAAAUGGGAGAUGGACACUUCUGAGGCAAAGCUAGACAAGCUGGACGGAUUGCGGACUGGCGCUAAAAGAAAACGUGACUGGGAAGCAAUUGCCAGCAGAAUAGAAGAUUAUCUGCAGCUUCCAGAUGACUAUGAUACACGUGCUUCUGAACCUGGAAAGAAAAGGGUGCGAUGGGCAGAUCUAGAAGAAAAAAAAGAUGCUGACAGGAAAAGGGCCAUCGGUUUUGUUGUUGGACAGACUGACUGGGAGAAGAUAACAGAUGAAAGUGGUCACCUUGCCGAGAGAGCCCUCAACCGCACCAAGUAUAUCUGAAAAAGUGGUUAAGUGGAUUUUCGUGCCUUUGAGGCCAUUUGCUCUGCGGAGAAGUGAACCAAGGUGUCAUGAGCAUCUUGCAUGGGUCAUGUCACUCCCACCUUCACAGUUUUUCUUUGUUACUUUAAUUUCAGCAAUUUUCUUGAGAUACUGGCAGAUAACUGGCAGUGCCCUCAAAAAACUCAAUGAAUCCCACUACUCCUAAGUGAGAGAGAAAGUUUACUUCUUAAUAUUUUUGGAGGGGAGGGAGGGGGAGGGUCAGUAGUUUUAGCUGCUCUUUGUGGGAUGAAGUGGAAGGAUUAGACAGAUGUUACCUCCACUGUACCAUCACAGAAUGUUUAUCACCUUUGCUCUGUGGAUGUUCUCGUUUUAUACUGUAUGUACCUUGUAGCUUAUUGUAUUAGGAAGCAGAACAAUAAAUUUCACUAUAAACUCAGUGUUCUUGGUGGACCAUGUAGUAUGGUUUUUGUUUGACAUUUUGAAUGUGGUCUGUGUUCACAUGUUAGUGCUCAGAACCAUCCUUACCUGGAAGACAUACUGUGCUGAUACUCUGGAAUGUGUCCUGUCUUCUAGGUUUUUCACCUGCUCUUUUCUCAUAGACAGAUCCAUUAAGACCCCAGGUCUUGCUGGCCUUUAGGAGUUCAUGUUCCUGGAAAGCAGGAAUAUCAUUAUGUUUGGAUCCUAGUUUCUCAGUUAUGUCAAAUUUUCGUUACUACGUGAGUAUGAAUUCUGUUGGGUGGUUUUGUAAUGUUCAAGGUAGCAGUGUAUGAAAAACUUGUCUUUAAUGCUCAAUAUGAAAACAGGUACUAUAGAGUUUUCUGAGGGGCAGCCUAGAAAAUUUGUUUUGGUCUUCUUAUGUCUUUUAUUCAACACUAAUCCCUAUCAGUGUAUUUAAUUCCAUUCAUAAGUCUACUGAGUCAUAGAGAUACAUCAUUAAAAGAAGUGACAAAGACCAGAAGUUAUACCCUUCUUUACCUUUGAUAAAUGUGUUAAGCUUGAUGAAAAAAAAAGAUGAGUGAGUAACAGUCCACACUACUAAAAGUGGUACAGAUUCUUCAUAGAUGCUGGGAUAUCACUUCUGCAGAGCAUUGAGUUUGCUGGUGAAAACUUUCUUAUGUCCUCACAGGUUUCAAAGCAAAUGCUUUGCAUUUACGAUGUCAUAUCAGGAAGGAUGUUUAAAUUUGAAAAUGAUUGCUGUUUUAAUAUUGAAUUGAAUUUUCCUCCUGAUCUUUCUGAGGAAAGAAAAUGAAGUCCUGAAUUUUCCUUCUCUGUUGUGUGAUUACAUUGUGCUUUGCAUCUAGGUUGGUAAAUCAGCUUGUUCUGGUGUGAUGGUGUAGUUUAGGUUGUUAAAGGAGAGCAUGGUUGUAAUAGAUGGGUUUGUUUGCCAUUCUAAUGUUUUGGUUUAUUGGCUGCUUCUCAGCCUUCUCUGUGGUGCAUGAUUAAAAGUUCUUCAGUAAACAAGGGGAAUAGCUGAACUUGUAUUAUGCCCCGAAUAUGUUUAAUACAAGAAAAUUGAGCUCCCUGAAUGCAGUAUUUUUAAAAUAGAAGGUAUUAAAUGUACAUCUUCUGCAUACACUUACUUUACAUAGCAUAUAUGCUUCUAAAAUGUUGCUCAGUAAGUACUCUUUGAAUUGUGACGGAGAAUUGUCGGCAAAGGAAAACUAAUAGCUAACAAGAAAUGAGUACUGUGUAUUGCUGUGGAAAUCAGGUGAGCUUCACUUUGGAGAAGUUACUCUCAGGUAUGUGUAAAAUGGAUUUCAGUCUAUACUCAGUUUUUCAUAACAAAACUGAAGUUCUCGUGGCACACCAUGAGUUGAUGCUGCUUCUUGACUCUUAAGAACUGAUAGUGAUUUUGCCUGUAUUUUUGGUAAUACAACUGUACUAGAUCCUUUUCUAACAUUUUUCUUUUCAGACUAAAGAGUACUUCUGGAGCAUUCAAAUGGAUAGUGUCUGUCAGAAGUUAUAGUGUUUACUGGUUUUACAAAUUUUUAUAUUAUUUUAGCAGAUAAUACUGAGAGGUUAUGUCAUGCUGUUUAUUCUGUGGUGCAUGUAGAACUAAAGAAAAAUGAGCAGAGAAUAUUCAUAAAAUUAUAUUUUACUCUGAUAAGAACUGGCAGGAAAUAUAUCAGUGUUGAAGUUUAAAGCAAAAUUCACUUACGAAAACAUACCAUUGUAGACUGUUGUCAGACUGUUUGACCAGAAAAGGCCGAAAGGCUUGGGUUUUGUUGUUUUCCUGAAGUUCAGUUGUUUUCCCCUUCUUUAGCACAAAAAUAUCAAUGUAUCCAUAAUCUUUGCCAUUUGUUUCAGUUGGUUUGAAUGCUUAGCAGACCACUCUUCAACUUCUUGAUGGGAAGUGGCUCUGAAAGAAAAUAACUUAUGCCAGAACUACAACCUAUAGCAGAUUCUACAUACUCCAGACAUUCAGUGACUGAAGAAAACAAGCAAAAAGGAAAAAUUCAUCAUUGAUGCUGGCAGAAUUGAGAAUAGCUAGCUAAUCCCUUGCUUGGCUUCUAACCAGAGUUUGGUAAUUAGUGAUUUUGCUUUUGUCUGGGAAGUCCUUAAGUACAGAAUACAUUGUCCUGAUCCUGAUUUAGCUCUUACUCUUAUGCUUGCUGAAAUUGUCAGUAGAACCUUUCACAGCACUGAGCAGAAUGAAUUUCCGCUUUCAUUGGUAUCUAAGGAAGAUAUGCAUCUAGCACUCUCAUGUAAUGAUCAAUCUUUGACCAUGCAUGCAUUUGUGCUAACUCUAAGUUGAGCUGUUUCUGUGCAUCAUAUUGAAAAAUUCAGCUCUGAAAAAAUAUAUCUGCUACUGCAGAAUGGAGUUGCUACCUUCUCAGCAAAGUUGACUGUUAAAACAGUAUUUUCUGUGAAUUAUAGUUUCUUAUGACACUUCAGGUUUUUUUCAAGUCAGUUUGCCUUUUUAAUAUUGAAGCUACCUGUCUCAUGAGAUAAGUACAUGUGGUUUUUUGCAAGGGAAUGUGCAACAUGCUGUGCUAUGUGAAUAGAGCACAGUUGUCAUCCUCAGUCUCCUUGUGUUUUACUGUAGGAUUGCUUUUUAAGUGUUAUGGUCUGAUUAUGGUAAGAAAGAGUGAAAUAAUAGCCGAGAGUAUUAGGUCAGUUCUAGAAAUUUGUUUUUCUGUUUUCCUUGAAUUUUUACAUCAACAAAGAUAAAUAACUUACUUUGCAUUAUUAGUUCUGAGUCUUUUGAAGGGAAGAAUUGGUAUUGGUACAAGUUAGUUUUACUUUUCACUCAUCAAGUUGAGUUUGGCAUUUUUUGGACUUUGCUUCAGUCAUCUUUGUUAACCCUGCCCAUUAGUUUUUCCUUGCCUGUCUGUUGAUACAUAGAAUUCAUCACUGCUCUUUUCUCUUUGUAAGGCGUUGUUUUAAAUAUUUUCAAAAGCCUUUUAAUCUCUGAGCAACUGUUCAGGUAACCAUGGGGAUACUGAGAAGAUUUCAGUAGAAUCUUUUCUGAAAGGAUUGAAUCGGAAAAAUAGAGUUGUGACAUUACACUGAAGCAAAUAUGAACCUAUCCCCAAAAAGCCCAUGUCUAAUGCAGUUGAAUAGUUAAAUAUUAUCAUAGAACUGUAAGUUGCAAGUCACAUUAGAAAGUGUGAUUCCUACAGAAGUAUAGUCUGUUGGUAGUGUGCUUUCAAAUGAGAGAGAAGAGCAUGACCUCACCAGCCAAAAUCAGUUUUUCCCAGUUUGAGAUUUCAACAUCAUCAGGACACUUUGAGAAUCCUUUUGAAAGGAAUAAAGUAAUUUUGCUUGUGGGACACCUUGCUGUCAUCUAAACAAAUUUAUUAUUACCAGAAGAAAAAAUAUUUUGUUCAUUUAUAUAAAUGCAGCUGUCAUGGUGAAUCAUUUUUUGAGCCCUUAGGAGACAAUUUCCCUUAGCAGACUGUGCCAUCUCAUGUUGUUGCCACCCAUGCAAUACUGGACAGACCUUGGGAUUUGAAGAAAUGUAGUUGAGCUGGGUUUGGAAGCAAAAGAUGCUUUUUUACUAUGAAGUUCAUGCUGUCUCUGGCAGCAUGCAGCUAGGUAGCUUUGAGCUGACUGAACUGAAGGCCUGGAACUCUCCUGGGAGUAUUGUAAUUCAGCAUUCAAGGACUGGAAAGGAGAAACAGUACUGCGUUUUCUUUGCUUAUGGAAUGUUCGCAUGGCAUGCAUCCUCAGGAAGCUAAAUAAUAAUAGAUACAUGGUUUCUUUCUGUUAUGUCUCUCUUCACUGUUUAAUGUUUCCCAGAUAACUUCUGGAAAAUGAGUUCUAAAUUCUGAUCUUAGGUCCACUGACAAUUUGUGAUGAAACUGCAGCAGGACAGCUUGCAUACUAUGAGGUAAAAUUUGAGGAGCAGAGGUGGCCAUCUCACUUGAGAUCUGUGCACUUGCAGCAUCAGCUAUUCUUAAACUGUGGUUAUACUUAGUUUUCUUGUCAUAAGAGAAAUGAGAAGACAAAGAACAAAAGUUUCAUAGAAUUUAAAAUAUGAAUGGCACAUUUCUGGUUUUGUGCCUCUAGGACAAUCAUCUUUAUUCUCUUGUAAAACUUAAAUCAGAAUUGUUUUCUCUUCUGUUCAUCUAUUUCUACAUGCGUGAGUCAUAAUCCUUCAACAAACUAAAGGGCUUUUUACUCCAAGGAACACUUACUAUUUCUGCUCAGGAUUAAUCACUUACUUCUUCAUUAUGAAACUGCUUUGUUUUAUUCUUACCUCUGGAGUGUUCCAGCAACUGUGAUUUCUCUUCCAAAUUUGCAUGGUACUGAAUCUGUAGCCUGGAGCCUUACGUCUUCCUCUUGAAUGUAAAUUGGAAAAUUAGUAACAACAAUAUUCCAUUCAGGUAAAUUAUCACCUUCUAGCUGAUUAAUACUCUUUGGAAGAAGAAUGUAUUUUUAUUCACAAUUUUGCUUAAAUCAGGUAAGCUGAAGUACUGUUACCAAACAAAGGCACAGCAAGUUAGUGCAAAUGGAGAGGCAAAAGUGUUUUGAAGUUGCUUAUAUUUUCUAUUCUGUGUCAGGUUUCUUGACAGAAGGCUCUAGUCUCUUUGAAUUGUAGGAUUUAGUAUUUCAAUAUGCAAAACCAAAGAUGUAAAGUUGUCUUGGUGGAAAUGUCACAGUUUCAUUUUUUCCUAAGAUUUUUCUACCUCAUGGAACUCUCGGAUUGAAUCUUUUUGCAGGGGGAGACCUCUCCCUACAGCUUGUCUCUGGAGUGUCUGUCAGUCAAGUGUUUCUCUAUACUGUUUCCCUUGUAUGUGUGUACAGGGACAACUUUUGUUUCCAUAACUGGUCAAUGUACACCUGUAUGAAUGGAUGUUCAGCUUUACACCAAAAAUUCCUCAUGCUAUGCUUUAGGAGGGCAUCUGAACUGUCUGCUGGGACCAGUAUAUUCCUAUAUGAAGUUACUGUUUUAACAGUUAGUACUCUUAAAAAUACCUGAAGACUGCAAGGUUGUCAUCAUCAAUUCCUGUGAUGUUGCUGUCUUUGGAAAGAAAUUAUAACUGCAGUGGUCCUUGGGGGGGGAAAACCAAACCCAAAGAAGGAAAAGGAGUUCAUGUACUUUUACUCUAAUUAUCAGAGCUGGAAUCUGUCUUGUGUGGGUAGAAUGUGCUAGCAGCUCCACUGUCUGAGAUGUCUGAUUUAGCUACUGGCUGCAUAUGUGUUUAUGGAGGAGAAUCUUAAAUUAAUCCCUGCCAUUUUUUUGCCUACAGGUCAAGAGUAUAGUUGAGCAAGCAGAUUUAGAAAGCAGUUUGUCUUGAAGAAGCUUUUGAAGGGUUACAUGUAAACUGAAACAUUACCAAAGGAAAGAAAAAAGUCUUUGAAAUCUAAAAUGUUUUGUGUUUAAAUCUUGUAGGAUGUUAAUUCUCUGGGAUUAGCACAGGAAGGGAACAGAGCAGCAAGUCUUCCGUGUCAGAGUGUAAAUAGCCUUUAAUUGCAGAAACUCUAAAUAUUUCUAUUGAAAAUUACUUCAGUGGUGACAUACACUAUAUGUGGAUGACAAGAUAUCUUAAACAGCAGUUCAGGGUUGGUGUUUUAUUUUCUGUUUUGGUAAGUUUGAUGCAAAUAGUAAUAAAAGUUUUAUUUGACUGCUGUUACUGACCCAUGUACAAGCCUUUGUAUGUAUGUGGCUUCUGGUUUUUUGAGAAGACCAUAUCACUGUUUGAAGGCCAGAAAACCUUGCAGACAAACACCCACAUUGUUUCAAUGUAUUCAUCUGUGGAUGCUCAAAACUUGUGCAAGUAAUGAGUCUUUACUGCUAUGCUUUGAGGUCCAAUUUCCCUUGAACUACAGUUGCCAAAUUCUUUUCUUUGAAGGCGUGGACAGAUCAACUAGUCUGAUACCAGAUCUCCUCAAUUAGUCACCCAGAAAUCAAGAUUUUUCAGGUAAUGACAAUGAGAUGGCACUAAAGCAUUGAAUUCGCGUUAGGAUUAAAUCAGGGGAAAAAAACAUGCUAUGAUUACAGAAUAAUUUGAUUUCUCUGGUUUCAUAUUGCCUGAUACAGUUAUAAACCAGUAACUUCUACUUCAUGAAGGAAAGGCUGCUUUUCUAUGAAAAAAAAAUCAGUGAUUAACAUUGUACUAUUGUGUAGAGUACCACUUGCAGGUCACAGUCAAGAUUUUGUGCUUCAUUGAACCUGCUGAGUAUAAACAUGGAAAAAGAUCUUUCUUCUGCUAUAAUGAGAGGCAUCAAAAUUGAACGGUCAUAUAUAUCCUCCUAGAAACCUUUACAAUGCUUGACUUCUAAUGGAAAAUAGAUUUUAACUUUCUAAUACCUGCUUUUGGAGUGUUAAGUCUUUAAAUAUAUUGUAGUAAGAAAUAAUGCUUCUGAAGCCUUCCAGAGUUUCUUAUUGCAUCUUUUGUGGGUUUUGGUUUUGGAUUUUUUCUUCUUGGAGUGAAGAAAAAUAAGGAUAAAUAUCCAAGCCAAAACACCAAGGAUACUUCUUGUAGAAGAACCUGCUAACUUUUCUCUGCUAAGAAGACUCAGAACUUCAGCUGGAUCCAGAGGCACUACGGAGAUCUGUCACAAUGGAACAAACUUGCAGCUGUAACGCCAACUGUUCAAAUAGGUUUGCACAAUGUGCAGUAUGAGUGCUGCACAGUUGGCAGGAGGUGCUUUACAGUUAGGAAGGAACAUGAAUAUUCUUUUCCAAGAAGUUGGCAAUCUACAUGUUGCUUUAUUAAGAAUAUAACUAUUUGUAUGUCCUUUCCCUUCUCUCAAUAGCCAGAGAAAAGUCUGCUGUAAGGCUGAAGAGAUGACCCUGAAGUUAACUUGGGCAUAAACAGCCUCAUUUUUACUCCAAAGCCUACCUGUUGUAGUCUUGUUGCAGUGUAUGUGGUUCAAAUGUAGCUUGAGAAGAAUGUUCAGAUGCCUUUAAAGCAAUUAUUUUACUGAUGUUUUGGAUCUCCCUCUUCCAUUUUGCAUUUGGGGGAAUGCUCCAUCUUCAUGCAGGAUGGCGGAUGAGUGUCUUGUCAUUUGGAAUUGUGUGGGAUGUGGAUUCAUGUGCUGAGGCAUGCCCAAUGUCUGAAGGCAUGCUAUGGUCAAGUGUAUUGAUAACAUAACUGUGUGCUCAGUCUUAUCAGUGCAGAAAUCAGUUAUCAUGGCAGGACACUUUCCCAGUGCUACAGCUGUGUUUAAAUAUCUUAUGGGGAAAAACAGACAUUGGAGAGGCAUCUGCACAAAACCUUCCUCCCUGUUAAUUCUCAGUGCUCCUUUAUUUGUAACAGGAUUUAGAGCUAUCACGUGUAGAUCUUUCCCAGGUAGGACCGGAUUUUUGGGAACGCCAUACUUACCUUGUCAUUACUUCAUUACUUCUACAGAUUUCUGUUUUACACCUGCAUGAUAUCUGAGUUACAUCAACAGUGCUUGCAUUUCUCUAUCCUCUCUACCUUCUUCUCCCCCAGAUGUCUUAAUUAUUAUUUCCUAAGUCUGAGAAUCCUUUCUCGGCUUUAGCUUUCAGUGUGCUAGAGAUGUUAUGUUUUGGGUGUGGACUUGCAAUUCUAUGGUUUAUUUCCCGUGGAAAAAGUCACUGAAUGGUUGCAAACAUAUUCAAUAAUAGACUGAAUUCCAUUCAAUAAUAGACUGAAUAAAGACAAUUGAAUUGGCACAAAAGGCUUAUAGGAGCCGCUUUGACAAAUGGUGAGCUGUUUUGUGAACUGCUGAAGCAGCAAGAUCUUUGGAUCAUGACUAUGUCUCAGGGAUGAUGCAAGGCACAGUAAACUUUUCUAAAAGGGCCUUCGGGGCACUACAUAUUGCUUUCAGGAGAUGUCAGUGCAAUGCUCCCAAAGAACAUCUCCCACACUGGUUCCAGCAUCGUUUACAAUAAGAAGCUGCUCUGCAAAGGACUGCUACUGCCACUAUUUGCCAGAGAACAGCCUCUGCAGAAAAAAGCAGUUGGAUGGCCCUGAGGUGGAUGGUUGACUGUGGCUGACAUAACAGGCCACACAGUAAUAUUAAGAGAGGUAAGAUCUUGUAUUGAUAACUGUGGUUACUGACUGAGGCCUUCAUACUCAUUAUUUGUCAAGUUAGAGUAUUCCCACAUAAGUGUUGGCCUGUGAUUCAUGACACAGUGAAGAGCUAAACUUGCUUUUCAUUGGCAAUAAAUUUGGAGGCAAAUCAUCACCAAAGGUGAUGUGGUGUUUGGAGUGUAUCAAUACCACUAGAUACCAGGAAAUGGGAUAGUCAUUGGUGUUGCUGAGGGUGUAAAGGAAAGAAAUUGCUUGUUUUUCUUCCUUGACGUACCCAAAGCAGUUUUACAGAAACAGCCUUACAGGAGCUCAAGAGAAAGAUGAUUCUGUAGUUUUGUCUUAGCUACUCAAGAGUUCACACAACAACAAUUGGUUCUGCACCAAACAGAUGCUCUGUGCCACUGCAAUCUUCUCCAGUGUAGCUUGUCAAGUAACACCAAUCCAAAGGUAAUUCCUCCUAGCAUGAGGUGGCCCUUUCUAAAAAAUGGCGUGCACUCAUCUUUAUGAGUAAGCCCAGGACCUGCAAGGAUUUUGUUUCCCUGGUCAGUAUGACUAUUCAAAUGCAGAAAACGUUGCCAGCAGCAUCCUGGUUACACUGCAGUUUGGAAGAUGCUUACACAAGCAAGUCAUACAGUGUUAAUGGACAUGUCUCCAGUUGCGUGCUGAUGCAUGGGUGAGUAUAGUAUUGUCACUCCUGUACAUUUCAAUAAAUAAUCAAAGCUACGUGAAGUUUUUGAAGCAGAACAUUUCUCACCAGAUCACACACUCCCUCCUUGGCCUGGUCUGCUACAACUUCAUUACAGCCAAGAACUGUGCCAUGAAUGCUGUCACUGACAAGACCAUUACCAAGAUGAUGUUUCUUACUUCCUGAUGCUUCCAGUUCCUGUAAGAAUUGCCCUGGUCUUUUGGAUAACAUUGCUUACUAGAAGUUUAAUCAGAAAUGAAGGUGAUUGCUGUGAAGCUCGGGGGUUAGAUAGCUGCAGAAUAAGUGGUUUGUUUGAAGUCAAAGAAAAAAUGUUUUGUUUGAAGUCACAGAGCAGUGGAGCUCUGACAGCAGCAGUGACUCUGGGUGCUACACUGGAGCUUGUGCUUUCCCAAGAGGUUAUUUGAAGAGCACUGCCAAGUAAAAAGCACCUGGUGUUCUGUGCUCAGAAGGAAAUGCCUUUUUAUGGGCACAGCCUUCCAACAAACUGAAGCUCUGUGGGCUCACAGCUGCAGCCUCGGACAUUGGGAAACAUGAACAGGUGAUAGUUCAGCUUUAUAAUGAUUGUGCAAGAGGGGCAAGCACUCUGGGUUUGAAAAACACCAUUUUACAGCACUACCUCUUUGUAACUGUAGGUACUAUCCCUAAAGCAUUUUAUCCAAAACAAACCUUUGUAAUUGUUUUUAUUUCAACAGGUUGCAAUGCCAAUAAUAGGGAUUCAGUACAUGCACAGAUCUAUAGGGCUGGCCUCACUUUUCCCUUGAGCAUGAACUCUUUGUGGCUUUUAUUAUUCUCUUUAUGGUUACAUUUUCUUAAUAAUCUGGAAAGUAGACAUAAAAAACAAUUACUUAAGUUGUGGUAUAUUCUGUGUUUGCUCUCUGAGAACCAAAUGAGGAGAGGUUUUCUAUUGAGAUGUAUAGGUACAUGUUUAUAUGUGUACAUGUUAGGUAUUUUUUAAAUAAUGCAAAGUAUUUUUUAUCAUUUCUUUGUGUAAAGCUGUGGGUGACACUAAUGUGCUUUGGGAA